UUUGCACUAAUAGAGCACAGCAUCAUGCAAGACUGCUCAGAUGGUUAUAAAAAACAAAGAGGAAAGUGUGUAGAUGAAGAUGAGUGUGAGCAAGAACUCAUUUGUGGAGAAAAUUCAAACUGUUACAACACUGUUGGCAGCUAUUACUGUCAGUGUCACACAGGGUUCAUACCAGAGGGUACUAAACCAACUGUUAAUUUCACACGAGCAGAUGGGAUUCAGUGCAAAGACUUCAAUGAAUGUUUGAAUACCAGCAUUAAUUGUGGUCCAAAUGCAGAAUGUGUCAAUAAUGAAGGAGGUUAUGCCUGCAUAUGUAGAACUGGCUACACUCCCAACAAUGGAAAGCAGACAUUUUUUGUAGGACAAGGAGUUCAGUGUGAUGGUAAGAAACUCAUAUUUUUGUUGGCCUUUUUUAGUACAUGAUUAAAUUCAAGUUUUUAUACUUCAUGCAGUUAGUGCACUAUGAAAUUGUGUUUGAUACUGUAGAACAAAAUUAACACAUCCAACGUGCAAAA